AUGAAGCCUCACACUUACCAGUUCCUCGUCGGUGUGUUCGCCUCGGUGGGCUCCAUCUUGUACGGAUACGAUCUUGGUGUCAUUGCCGGCGUCGUCGGGAGUUCUAACUACGGCGAGCUCUUCCACGCCAACACAGCACAGAAUGGAGCCGUCGUUUCGCUGUUUACUGGGGGCGCCUUCUUCGGAGCUGGUUUCGCGGGACCGGUCGGUGAUUACUUGGGUCGACGGUUGACCAUCAUGCUUGGUGCUAUCUUCUUCCUUAUAGGUGGCGCUAUCCAGACCGGAGCCCAAUCACUUUCUUUCCUAUACGGAGGAAGGGCUGUUGCGGGAUUCGGUGUUGGAAUAUUGACUAUGAUCAUCCGUAAGCAUGUGAAUUUCCCGAGUCCUGUGUACCAGAGUGAGAUCGCUCACCCGUCGAUUCGAGGACGAGUCACCGGUCUACAACAGUUCAUGCUGGGGAUCGGUGCCUUGGUAGCUGGUUGGGUAUCGUGGGGAUGCUACGUGAACCUGUCGAACUCAGGCCAGUGGCGCAUACCCUUGGGCAUCCAGAAUAUCCCAGCUGUCAUACUCGCCACUCUCAUCUUGCUGUUCCCCGAAAGUCCACGGUGGCUUAUAGACCACGGCCGAAGCGACGAGGGGCUCGCGACACUGGCCAAGCUGCAUUCGAAUGGAGAUACUUCAGACCCGUGGGUGCAGGCCGAGUUUGCUCAGAUCCAGGAAUCGAUUACGUUCGAACAUGAGCAUGAGGCCAAGAGCUACAAGGAGCUCUUCACCAACAAGUCCGCCUUCCGUCGCCUCUUCCUCGCCUGCGCUAUUCAGGCUUCCGUCCAGAUGACCGGUGUCUCGGCUAUCCAGUACUUUUCAGUCCCUAUCUUUGCGAAAAUCGGGAUCUCGGCCGACAAUGCCCUCAAGUACCAGGCAAUCAACGCUAUCCUGGCUCUCAUCGCACAGGCGUGUUGUAUGCUCUUCAUUGACAAAUUUGGGCGACGGCCGACCUUGAUUACCGGCAACCUGGUGAACUGCCUCAUGUUUAUCAUCGCAACCAUUCUUCUUUCUCUGUUCCCACCCGAGUCCAACUCAGGGGGCACUGCUGGAUGGGGAUUCAUCAUUAUCACCUGGCUCUACAACAUCUCGUUCUCGUUCGCCUGCGGUCCAUUAUCUUGGAUCAUUCCCGCCGAGAUCUUCGACACUCACACUCGCAGCAAGGGCGUGUCAAUAGCGACUAUGACCAGCUAUGCCUUCAACACGAUGAUUGGGCAGGUCACCGACAUCGCCAUCGAGGCUGUCGGGUGGAAAUACUUCUUGCUGUUCGUCGUUUGCAACUUCACAAACGCUAUCUUUUUCUACCUGGUCUUGCCCGAGACGAAGAAACUGCCGCUCGAGGAGAUGAACUACCUCUUCACCCAUGCUCCAUGGCUCGUUCCCGGCUCCGACAAGUCAACGUACAGAGCCGACAUGGCGGCCGAUAUCGAAAGGCGCGCUGCAGACAUGCGGGAGAAGAGAGAGGCAUAG